AUGGCUGUUCUUAUAACCACCAGGGUUCUUCUUAUUGCUUUGCUACUACUUGUCCUCUCUCUUCACCUUCUCCAUGUCGAUGUUCAGGCUGAUCACCAACUGCAGAGCAGCAACGCACAGACCACACUUCCUAAGACCAUUGAUUGUGGGGCGGCAUGUGCAACGAGGUGUCAGCUAUCGAAGAGGCCUCGACUCUGCAAAAGGUCAUGUGGGAGUUGCUGCUUCCGAUGUCAAUGUGUACCUCCGGGCACCUCCGGCAACUAUGAAGCCUGUCCCUGCUACGCCACCAUGACCACCCGCGGCAACAAACCCAAAUGCCCUUAAUUACAUUAAUUAAAGCCCCAACCCCAACCCCAACAAUGUCCAAAACCCAACUGUUAUUCCACAGUUCCAGACACUUCCACCAUGCAAUGCUUCCUCUUCUCUAUUGG